UGUAAAAACUAAAAAGCCCAGUCCUCCUCCCCUAUUCGCAUUGCAAUCGCGAUCACGAGUCAAUCGAAGGGAGAAGAAGAGAACGUAGUUGAACCGAUUUUUUUUAAUAGAAAAUGGCUGGGAGAGCUCAGAUCCCUACAAAAAACUCCGCUCUCAUUGCCAUGAUCGCCGAUGAGGACACUGUAGUUGGAUUUUUGAUGGCUGGAGUUGGUAAUGUUGACUUGCGGAGGAAGACAAAUUAUCUCAUCGUGGACUCGAAGACAACUGUGAGACAAAUUGAAGAUGCUUUCAAGGAGUUCACUGCAAGGGAAGACAUUGCAAUUGUCCUCAUCAGCCAAUAUGUUGCCAACAUGAUAAGGUUCUUGGUGGAUAGCUACAACAAGCCAGUUCCAGCAAUCUUGGAGAUUCCUUCCAAGGACCAUCCGUAUGAUCCUGCCCAUGACUCUGUUCUCUCACGUGUCAAGUACUUGUUCUCUGCUGAAUCGGUUGCUUCUGAUAGGCGUUGAGCAUAUUAUGCGUCACUACCCGGCAACUCUCUCUGUUCACUUGAUUGUACCCUGAAUUCUCUCAACUGAACUUGGUUUGUAUCAUUUGUUUCUUGAUGACAUUCUUCAAUUUCCUUCACAACCCACCAGGUUUUCAAUAAUGUAAAACUCUAUUUAUUUUUUGGGAGAGGGAUGUUUCAUUUGAAAGCAAUGGUUUACACCA